AUGAACUCUGUAAAACGCAUUCUGAAAUACAGCAAUUUGAAAUCGGAAGCAUCCUACGAAAGUUUGCCUAAUAAACGGCCACCAACUGAUUGGCCAGAAAGAGGAGAAAUUCAUUUCGAUAAUGUUUCAUUGCAAUACUCCAAGAAUAAAAAUAUUGUGUUAAAGAACUUAACAUUUCAUAUUCGCUCCGGAGAAAAGAUAGGAAUUGUUGGGAGAACAGGUGCAGGAAAGAGUUCUAUAAUUGCUGCGUUAUUUCGCAUGACAGAGCCAACAGGAACGAUAACCAUCGAUGGUGUUGAUAUUAAAGAUAUUGGACUUCGGGAUCUUCGUAGUAAAAUAUCCAUCAUUCCUCAA